AUGAUUAAUAAUAAAAUUUGUAUUGCUUGUCCAAACAAUGCACAUUGUUCAAAUGGAAGAUUUAUUACAUGUUAUCCAGGAUUAAAACCAAUUCGUAUAUCAAAUAAUCCAUUAAAAUACGAAUGCGUAAUUGACAAUGAGGAAAUGAAGAUAACAUCAAAAUAUAUAAAAUCAUUGAAAAAUAUAAUCGCACAAGAAACUGGAAAAUUUAAAUGUAAAUUAGUUGAUAAUUAUGAUGAUGACAAAUUACUUCAUGUUGACAGCUUGAAAAUGCUGCUUAGAAAGAAAUUCGCGAAAUAUUCUCAAGAAGAUUUUGAUAAAUAUUUUGAACUUGCAGUGAAUGAUUUAAAGGAUGAUAAUGAUGUUGAAAUUUAUGAAAAACUAUUGCCAUCAUCUAUUUCUAACCAAGAACUACAAAACCAGAUUCACAUUAUCUCUAACAAUCCCAAAUAUUCAAUCAAAUGUUAUUUAAAGGUUUCAUUUAUACAUCUAGUAGAAUAUACUAAAACUUGGUUUAAACAAAAUAUAUAUAAUAUAAUUGGUGCUUUGAUAUUAAUUGUUAUUAUAAUUAUGUCUUUGCAUGGUACUAUAAAUCGAUGGUCUCAAAAAUCAGAUAUUGAUAAAGCUUCAAAGAUAGUGAUUCGAAAAUUAAAAGAAAAUCGAAUUGUAAAAUCAUUAGAUUUAAGAGAUCCAUUGCUAGGUCACAUAACAAAUAUUUAUCAACGACAGAAAAUGUGGAGCAUCGUUGAGGAUAAAACUAGGAACAAUCCAUAUGUUAGAGCAAACAAAAUUCAGUAUACACAUGGAAGGACAACUUGGCAGUGGGAAUGGAUUGAGAAAGAAGUUCCUUCUCACUUGAAAGCAAAUCUCGAUUUGAUUAAAAAAAGACAUGGAUUAAAGUGUGAUUAA